UUGACGUCUAUCAUUCUGGCGCAGUGAGGGAUCCAGACGCGCAGAGCGCACUGCGCCUCUCCACGAGUGACAGUGCCAACACAACAUCAAGAGCACUCUGGACACACAGCACCAUUAGAAUGAAAACUCUGUGAUUGCUAUCAAACAUAUGAUGGAACUCCAUAAUCUUCUGGACUAUAUGUGGAUCGGUCUUUUCCUAAUCGGAUUUAUCCGCGCAUGUGUUUGCGGAGACGCGCAUCUGAGGGGCUUUUAAAGAUCUAGCGCUCCCGCAGUCUUUAUACUGGCGUAUGGAUUUGACUCAGCUCAUUUAAUCAGGAGAUCACAGCGAGCUGGAUUAUCAUUCAGCACAACCCUGGAUACAACAUUACUUUGCGUUUACACAAUGUAUGGAAUAAAUCAGCGCUGCUUAUACAUCUCUUUUCACUUCUUCGUGGUGUGGUGUCACGCGCAGGGGGAGAAGAAUCACCCUUCUCCUAAUUUUAAGCAGUAUGUGAGGGAACAGGGCUCACUGACGGACCAGCUGAGCCGGCGGCAGGUUCGAGUCUACCAGCUGUACAGCCGAACCAGCGGCCGACACGUGCAGAUCCAGGGCAAGAGAGUGAGCGCCACCGCCGAGGACGGGAACACUUUCGCCAGACUUUACGUGGAGACGGACACCUUCGGAAGUCGUGUUCGGAUCAAAGGAGCAGAGAGCGGCAGAUACCUCUGUAUGAACCGCAGGGGGAAACUCGUGGGCAAGCCCAAUGGCAGGGGAAGGGACUGCAUCUUCACAGAGAUCGUUCUGGAGAACAACUACACUGCUUUCCAGAACGCUAAAUAUGAAGGCUGGUACGUGGCCUUCAGCAGAAAGGGUCGGCCCAUCAAGGCUUCCAAAACCAGGGAGAACCAGCGGGAAGUUCACUUCAUCAAGCGCCUCCACAAAGGUCCUCUUCCCUUCCCCAACUCGGACCAACCCAAACACUUUGAGUUCAUCAGCUUCCCACCGACCCGACGGGCUAAACGCAACAGAAAAGCCCACUCCGCUUCCUAACACCAACACUUCCACAAACUCACGGACUAUUUUCCUGUUAAUACUAAGAAGAGGCAGCUUUAUUUUUAUAUAUUUUCGUACUUAAUGGACUUGAUAAAGCCAACAACACUGAAUGGAUGCUCAUUGUAAAGGGGUGACUUGUAAAUAUGGUAAAAGAGAAUGUAUAUAUUUAAUAAGCUGGUAUUUGUAUGUGUGUUGUGUGAGCAUUUUGUAAAGACUUUAUGAUGAUAUGCUCAAUAUUAAACACAAUAAAAGAGCCAUUUCCUCUUAAGGGGAAUAUUAAUGUAAAAUGAAAUAUGAAUCACCUUCGGUUUUACAUCAUACCUCAUGUGUCUGAAAUAGAAAAAUAAAUAUGAGUCUCCA